ACAUAGUAUAGUUAGCUAUGUGUUUAUUAGCAGAACAAAACAGUUUUUAUUUUCCUCAGCUCCUUACAAAAUUUGAAUUCCAGUUUUUACGCGUUUAGCCAAGACAUUUUCAUUUACAUUUAAUUUUACACAGCCCUUGUAGAUAUUUGUACAGGGGCUCUGACUCAGAGGCGAGAAUGAGGAAAGGAUUUUAUAAGACGAGAGAAACUUGCAUGUGCCAGCAAAAGAUGUGCCCCCAGAGGAAACAACAAUCAAGCAAAUUCCACGUGCUUAUUAUCAUUAUUGUUAUCGCUAUUGAAAAGCGCUAAUUGUGCGCAAAUAGCGGUGCGAACUUAUUGCUAACUUACUAAGAAGCUCACACAUGCAAACACAAGCCAUGUUGGAAGUGCAAGCACCGCAAAAAUGCUGUGGAGCAGCCGGUGGAUGUGGAUUCGGGUGAAAGUUGGGCACAAGAUGCGCGGCAUUUCGGGGUUAAUUAGAAUGGUGUUGGGCGCGUUUGGCAAUUGGAGUUGGCUUUCAUAGCCAACCCCCUAUAAUACCAAUAAUGUGUCACUUUCCCCCGGCAACAUGUCGUAUACUUCAUAUCGUCACGUGCAUAUGAAAAUGUUACGACCCAUCAGACCCACUAGACCAGCCCACCCACAACCACCCACUUGCCUCCGCCUCGCAAGGCCGCAGGACACAUGCGCAACGCCAGUGCCGCAUUUGAAUUUUGAAUAUGAGUUUUGACACUUGAUUAUCAGUUCGCGACCAGUUGUACGAGUGUGCGGACGUUUGGCCACGGCAAUCGGCGAAGAACUUCAUCCGCAGAACCGGAAAAAAUACAUUUGCGCUGAACUUCGGCCAUUUGGGCAGUGAAAGUGGCAAACUAAAAAAAAUUGAAGUGGGAAAACAGCAAAUAUUAAAAACUUUCGCACCUUGGUGGCGGUUGAGUUUCGGCUAUGAGGAGCCAAUUCCCCAGCUUGUGGCUGCUGCUCAUGCAGAGCUUGUAUCUGAGUCAGGCCAGCUUUUCGGAACUAAACAAUUCGGAUCCCAAGUUCAGUGGUCCCAUCAACAACUCAACGGUUCCCGUGGGACGGGAUGCCCUGCUCACGUGCGUUGUCCACGACCUGGUUAGCUUCAAGGUGGCCUGGCUGCGAGUGGACACCCAGACGAUACUGAGCAUCCAGAACCACGUCAUCACCAAGAACCAUCGUAUCUCCAUCUCCCACACGGAGCAUCGCAUCUGGCAGCUGAAAAUACGCGAUGUUCACGAGUCGGAUCGCGGAUGGUACAUGUGCCAAAUAAACACGGAUCCCAUGAAGAGCCAAAUGGGCUACCUGGACGUCGUGGUGCCGCCAGACAUUGUUGACUAUCAGACCAGUCAGGAUGUGGUUCGUUCCUCGGGCCAGAACGUAACACUCACUUGCAGUGCGACCGGAGUUCCCAUGCCCACCAUCACCUGGCGUCGCGAGGAAUCGACACCGAUUCUCCUUUCUGACGACGACGAUCGGGAAGUGUUCAGCGUGGAGGGUCAGAAUCUCAGCCUGUGGCAGGUGCAGCGCUCCCACAUGGGCGCCUAUCUCUGCAUUGCCUCCAACGGUGUGCCGCCCACAGUGAGCAAGCGCGUCAUGCUGGUGGUGAACUUUGCGCCAACGAUCUGGACACGCUACGAUACCAUCUACGUGGGCCUGGGCCAGAAGCUGACGCUGGAGUGCGUCACAGAAUCGCAGCCGGCAUCGGUGAACUUCUGGCUAAGGGACUCGCAACUGUUGCAAGGAGGUUCCUAUGAGUCGGUCUCAGUGGACCACGUCUUUCGGAUCGUCAUGCGGAUCACACUGCGUCCGAUAACGAAACGAGAUUUUGGAGAGUACAUAUGCAGGGCGAAGAAUGCGUUGGGUCAGACAGAUCGGAUUAUAACAGUGCAUCAUAAGGCCAAGAAGCACGGACAGCACUCGCACCAAACUUCCUCCCGCGACAGUCAGUUCAUUGUCAUCGAAGAAUACAUAGCGAAUGUGUCUGAUAAGAGGUGCAGUUUCCAACCCCUGUGGAUAAUGUUUCUAUGUUUUGUCAAUAAAGUGUCACUUUUGUGAGCAAUCAAA